AAUGAAAGCCCAUGCAGUUGCCAGUGACACUAACUUCAGUGCUGCCAGUCUCACACUCGCGAUCACCAGCUGUCGAACUCUGGUGACAGGAAUAUGGGCGAAUUGACUUGGGGAUCAUUUUUCCUGGGUUUCCUUAAUUUCAAGACAGAAAAAUAUGUCAUCGCCGAAAACAGAAAAUUGGGAAUCUCAUUUAGAGUUUUUCAGAUCUGUGUGCUGGCAUACGUGAUCGGGUGGGUUUUAGUGUUUAAGAAGGGCUACCAAUCGAGGGAGGAGACCGUCCAGAGCUCUGUCAUCACCAAGCUGAAAGGAGUGGUCAUGACCAACAACACGGAAACUGGACUUCGCCUGUGGGGGCCUGAGGAUUAUGCCAUACCUCCAACGGGUGAACAGGUUUUCUUCAUUGUUACAAAUUACAUCGAGACCCCCCAUCAGAGCCUUGGGUUCUGUGCUGAGAGCCCUAAGGUGCCAGAUGGCCAAUGUGUAAACAAUGAGGAUUGUGCUGAGGGUGAGGCGGUAGUUGCUGGCAAUGGGGUGAAGACCGGCCUGUGUUUAAACUCUACAGGGACCUGUGAGAUACAUGGCUGGUGUCCUGUUGAGACGGGACGUAAACCCUUGGAGGCCUUAUUAAGCAAGGCAGAAAUCUUCACAAUUUACAUCAAGAACUCUGUCAGGUUUCCGAAGUUUGAAUUCUCCAAGUCAAAUGUCCUGGACACCGGUAAUGACUCCUAUCUAAAGAGAUGUUCCUAUGACAACGACCUACAUCCCUACUGCCCCAUCUUCCGUCUGGGAGACCUAGUCAGCAGGACUGGACAUGAUUUUCAGGACAUGGCUGUAGUGGGUGGGUCAGUUGGAAUUCUGAUUGAGUGGAACUGUGAUUUGGAUAAGGACUACUCACAGUGUAAUCCAGAGUACAGCUUUACUCGUUUGGAUAUGAACCUAAACAGCUCUGUCACAUCAGGCUACAACUUCAGAUAUGCCCGUUAUUACAAAGAUGAAGCUGGAGAGAACUAUCGGACUUUGUAUAAAGUCUAUGGGAUUCGCUUUGAUAUCAUGGUGAAUGGACGGGCUGGAAAAUUCAAUAUCAUUCCCACAGUAAUAGCUAUUGGGUCUGGGCUCGCUAUUAUGGGCAUGGGAAAAUUUGCAUGUGAUAUGAUAUUUGUCUACAUGUUGAGCACGAGUUCCUUCUACCGAGACAGGAAAUUUGAGAUUCUCAAGAAAGAACGGAUCAAGAAGCACAAAGAGAUUGCGAAGACAUUGGUGAACCGAGACACAAGAAAACACAGGAAACAUGCUGGGGAACAACACGAGCUUACCACACUCUCUCCAAAAAAUGAGGAGAAACAGGACCCUAAAACCGGAGAGAAAAAUGAGGUUCACAUUCUCUCUCCACGAACUGUGGGGCAACGGUAUAAUACUCACCCUCCACGACACUAACUGAUUAAUUCAGAGUGAGACACCAGACUAGAAGCUGCACGUAGGACAACUUACUGUUGAGAUGGCAUAGUAGAAUACACAACUUUGUGUACACAACCAAUUCACUUUGAUUUUACAUGCAAUUAAAACAUUUGGUAGUGCAUCAGCAGUUCUUCUAUAAUGUCAGUCACUGACAGUAACUCUAUUAGUCCAUGUCAGCUAACAUUUUAUAAGAUUGCUAGGUAAGUUAGUCUAGUCCGCUAUCUAAACAAGAAUUUGUUCUUAACUGAUUUUCCUAGUUAAAUAAAUAAAAUAAACCUUCAAGGCUGAAUUACCUGCUGGGCUCAAAGGGAACAUGCCCAUGGGCCCUGACCUCCAGGGGCCCUUUACCUCCAGAAAGCCCCCAUUGAUUUUGUUUAUACACCCCCAGAUAUCAUAUUAACAUGGCAUUUGUCAAGGCAAAAUGUGUAGAACUGCAGGAAAUGUUAUUUAAAAAAAAUUCCGCUUAGGGCUCCCAAAAGGCAAGAGGCAGCUCUGUGAGACACAUUUUUAUUUAUCCUUUAUUAACACAGGUUGUCCCAUUGAGGUCAGAAGACCUGUUUUUCAAGAGAGACCCGAUACAAAGAAGUUCUGCUAUUGUCAAGAUGUCUAAACUGGGUCCUGUAGCAGGUGGAAAGUAAAACGAGGGUGGGUGAGGUCCUGAUCCCAAUGCCCACCCUCCUUCUCCUCUUCCAGCAGAGGUUACUGAUGCUGAUAAAUGGCUCUGGUUUUCCUAUGUCUCUCAGGAGUGAUGUAUGUCCUGAUUGGACAUGAUGACUGAUGGGGUGGAAAAUAGAAAUGCUCUCCUCUCCUUACACUUUUAGUGCUGCAAUGAUAAUGCAGACACUCCAAGAAGCGAGAUAUUUAUCAAAGAGAAAAAGCACUAUUCUGUUUCUGAUGUCUCAUUUACUUGUUCCAAGAUCGAAUCAUAAUGCAUCUGUUGAUGGGUCAAUUAGGCCAUGCAAUCAAACCAUUGCAGAGUAUUCAACUAGGUUAUUAUGCUGGCAGCGGUGUUCCUCCAAACCUUGACAGACCGCUUGUAGUAGAAUGAAAUCCUUGAGUCAUAUGAUGGAAUACAUCGUGAGAGAACAGUUGCUUUUUAACACAAUUGAAAAAAUACACCGGGUAUAAGGUUGUCUAUCAUAAAUACUUCUCAUUUGUGAUUGCUUGUAACUUCUGCCUUGUCGUGUUCAAUAUGUCUGUAAAUACAAAGCCAGAACUAGAGGAGUAUGAGGCAAGUUGUUGAAUGUAUUUAAUUUAAAUGCAAAAUAUUGUAUGAUACUGCAUUUUUAGGGCUAAUGGCCAUUGUUAGAACAAUCAUAUCAGUUUUCUGCCAAAUCUUAUGAUCAAUAAAUUAUACAAACAGGUUG